CAGACAACAUGAAGUUCUGGUCGACAAACAACUUUGACACAGGAUGACCACUGACACCUCAUGCCGCGGUGCGUACACCAAAUAUCUCUUCUUGAUAUACCAAGAGAAGCUCUUGAACCGAUGAAGAAACCUAGAGUGCGCCGUCUUCCCUGCAACGCGACUAACUAACCCCCGAUAAGCUACACCAUGAUUUAUGAGCAUUUGUAUACAAGGUUACAUACGAUCUUCGCUUCAUGUGCUUCGAAAAUUUGCAAAAUUUGACUUUAUUUGACUUUACCCUAUGAUCUAUAGGUCCAUGCCCCCUACAAGUCACAUCAUCCAUCGAUUGGGGAGAAAGGUCUGACUGGUGCCGAUACUCUUUUGUCAACAUUGAUUCAGGCCACAGUCUCUUCUACUCUUUUUUAAACCCGAGUAAACUAGUUAGUAUGGUUCAGACGCCCUCGACAUCCAAGGUAUGGCUCGUCACAGGCUGCUCGUCGGGACUCGGACGUGAGCUUGUCACUGCCAUACUUGGUCGAGGAGAUAAAGUCAUUCCAACGGCACGAAAGCUUUCGGACCUAGAAUACAUGUAUUCCCUUGACGGCGCAGCCGACAAUGUUCAUCCGAUCGAGCUGGACGUGACCAUGCCGGAGCGCGAACUCUACAUUAAAAUCCGCGGAGCAGUCGGACAUUUAGGACAUAUCGAUGUCUUGGUCAACAAUGCCGGUUUUGUGUUCUCGGGCGUCUGGGAGGAAGUCAGCGACAACGAUAUACGUAGACAAUUCGACACCAACUUUUAUGGUUCCCUGAAAAUGGUGCGGUGCGUGCUUCCAUACAUGCGGGCAAGACGCUCGGGCGUCAUACUUUUCAUGGGAAGCAUAGCUGGGUGGCACGGAGUUGCAGCAGGUGGACCAUACAGCGCGUCAAAAUUCGCUGUCGAAGGUGCUGCCGAAAGCCUUUCGCGAGAGAUCACACACUUAGGCAUACGCGUCCACGUCCUUGUGCUUGGAAUGUUCCGUACGGGCAUUCUGAGUCCCUCGAACAAGAAUAAGACCAUAAAUUUGACGGCGAUCCCGGACUACGCUAAUGUUCAGGAAGAACUACGAUGCAGGCACCGAAACAGUGACGGAAAGCAGCCGGGAAAUCCAGUUCUCGCUGCGCAAAAGGUGUUUGAUGUGGUGGCUUUGAUGUACGCGAGUCCUGCUACGUUCCCCUUACGAAUCCCAUUAGGAAGCGACGCUUUGACGGUAAUAAAAAGAAAAUGUACAGACACACUCGAAGAAUUGAAGGGAUGGGAGUCAUUCGCAUCGAGUACAGACUUCACGGACGGCCCUUCGCGCUCAACUGUCUACUCCAGACUAUAAGAAAAGCAAAUAACUACGGGUUUCAUUGAGUAUCGAGUUCUGUUGCAAGAUGGAGGAUACCCUAUACUUUUCUCGGUAGACUAUGUUCGACGUAGGUUAAAUGACUACGUUUUCGACCUUGGUUGGCUUUCUUUUUCGCCGCAAUGUUGAUGUCACUUUUGCUGAAAGCCUGAUCCGAUCUUGUAUUCUCACUGGUGAUACAGGUGAGCUAGAACUGAAGACUGGGUUCGUAGCUUCAAUGACGGCC